AUGGAGGCUGUCCUGGUGAAGGAAAACAAGACAUGGGAGGAGGCUCUAGAGUACUGUCGCGACCGGCAGAGCGAUCUGGUCAGUCUGAUGUUUGAAGCUGCUCAGAAGGAAGUCCUGAAGAUAAGCAACAACAGUCAAACGGCUCAGGUGUGGACUGGCCUGCGCAACCUGGCUGACAGCUGGCUGUGGGUGGAUGGGGAAAAGAUGAUGUACCAGGCCUGGAAGGGAGACGAGAUGCCGCGUUGCCCUGCCCUGAGACACCGCUGUGGGGCGUUAUUACCAAAGGAGGGGCGCUGGGAGAGCUGGGACUGUACCAAGAAACUCAACUUUGUCUGCCAUAAGUUUGGUGGGGGUAACUGA